CAACCCUUGUACCCAUACCUUGACCUAGUCGCCAGUCCUGACUACUAGUACUCCACCAGCUGUCGUCAUUCAGACAGACUGCUGCCAUCUUACUCCUGUACACCCACAGGUCCUUCGUCCCAGAUAUACACGUGUUUCAGCAGCGACGAUGGGAUCUCACAACUUUACUUGGGCGCAUCCAGCCACAGAAGUGUACGUGACCGGCACCUUUGAUGCAUGGGGCAAAACCGAGAAGCUUGAAAAGAAGGGCGACAUCCACGAGAAGGUUGUGACAUUUGACACCUUGCCGACGGAGAAGAUUCUAUACAAGUUUGUAGCCGACGGGACGUGGUCUCACGAUCACACCGCAAAGACAGAGACCGACCACGAAGGCAACGUUAACAACGUUCUCUAUCCCGAAGAUAUCAAGCGCGCCGACCCAAUGAUUUCCUCUGCCGCGCCCGGUGCCACAACGGCCAGUUUAGCUGGCCAACAGCCGCUCGAGAAAGAGGUUCGAGGGAAGGACACAUCUCAGACCCCUGGCACCUUCCCUGGGACACCUGCGCUGACUUCAAGUGACGAGAAGAAGGACGGACUCGCGGCUGCUGGUCUUGCCGCUGGUCUUGUUGGCGCAGGUGGCGCGGGUGCGCUGGCGAGCAAGGCAGGCUCCAAGGAGCCAGAGCAGACUUUCUCCGUCAACCCCAUUCCAGCUUCCUCUGGCGUCGGAAAUCCAAUCAGCCUUGCAGCUGGCGAGAAGGUGCCUGAGCCAUCAACUAUCACCAGCAACACUAUUGCGUCGACAGUACGCGACGACCCAUCGCUAAAGAGCAGUGCGGAGGACGCUGGUCAGACAUUCGGCGUCGCGCCGCUUCCAGCGACUGGUGGUAUCGGAAAUCCAAUCAGCCUCGCACCAGGAGAGAAGGUUCCGGACAGCAGCUCGUACACAGCCAGCAACAUCAACAGCCACGUAAAGCUAGACAAAGAUUCAUACGAGAACAGCGGAUCUUCCGUCCCAGUCUUGCCACCAAAAACUGGAGAGAUUGAAAGCGACACUGCUGCAGGCGGCGCUCUACUCGGUGGUCUUGGCCCACAGACAACUAACAUGAUUCCCGAGUCUUCUAUGGGGAUGGGUGCAGACGCCCCGGCUCCUCUCGAAGGUCAGGCUAUCAGCUCCGUUGGCGCCAACAGCACCACGAACGAGCUCGCCGGUCAGGUUCCCCUUGAGCCACGCGGCGUUCCCGUAGUAGUCAAGGAGUCGCAGAAGGAUGCAGGUGUCGCCCCAGAGGCAUCUGCCAACCCGGAGGCCGUGCAAGAGAAGAAAGAUGUUGAGAGCGAGCUCAAGGACAAGAUUGGAAAGCCCGAAGAUCAGACAAGCGGUGCCAUUGGUGGUGCCUUUGGCGGUCUUGGUGGCGGUGCGCUGGCCGGUGGUAUCCUCGCGGGCGCUGGUGCUACCGCCCUCGGCGUUGCUGCAGCUGCGCGCCAAAAGGCACACGAGACCACUGGUACUGACCCAGUAUCAUUGCUACCAACCUCUGUUCAGAAGACUGUUGAUGAGAACACCCGUCCAAACGGCUCGGCCACGGAGCGGGCUGCGACGGCCGAUACAGUGCCAGCCGCUGUCACUGAAUCGCAGAAGGAAGCCCACGCCGCACCAGAGGCGUCCGCCAACGCGGAGGCUGUUCACGAGAAGAGCGACGUGGAGAAGGAACUCUUGAACAAGGUGCCAGAGUCACAGGCCACUGGCGAUUCAGCACCAGGUAUUGUCAAUUCUAGCACCAAAUCGACGGGAGAGCCAGCGCCUACUGCUGCGGCCGAUGCAGUGCCAGUUGCUGUUGCAGAAUCGCAGAAGGAAGCGCACGCCGCGCCAGAGGCGUCCGCCAAUGCGGAGGCAGUUCACGAGAAGAGCGAUGUCGAGAAAGAGCUUUUGAACAAGGUGCCAGAAUCACAGGCCACUGGCGAUUCAGCACCAGGUAUUGUCAAUUCUAGCACCAAAUCGGCGGGCGAGCCAGCGCCUACUGCUGCGGCCGACGCAGUGCCAGUCGCUGUUGCAGAAUCGCAGAAGGAAGCGCACGCCGCGCCAGAGGCGUCCGCCAAUGCGGAGGCAGUUCACGAGAAGAGCGAUGUCGAGAAAGAGCUUUUGAACAAGGUGCCAGAGUCGCAGGCCACUGGCGAUUCAGCACCAGCUGUCGCCAGCUCUGGCACAAUGGCGCCAGCCUCUGGCGGUGCUCCUGGUUACGACAUCCAAACUGGACCCGAUUAUGUAGAAGGCGGCGUUGCCUCUGGCGUCACUGGGGCGAGCGCGACACGCACGGCUGGCGUGAGCGAGCCAAUCGCAACCAGCACGACUUCUGAGACUGGCGCAACUACUUCAAAUGGAGCGCCACAGCUUGCCGACCCCACCGAGGGUGUUGCAGCUCUGAGCAUGAAUGAUAAGUCAAAGGACAUCGAUGCUCCAGCAAGCUCGCAGGCAGAGGUUAGCAAGCCCACUGUGCUCGCAGCAGACCCAUCGAAGCCUAUGGACAGCCGAGAUGUUAGUCCCAUGUCAAAGCCGAAGGCUGCUUCUAGCGAACAAGCUGCCCCUGUUGUAACGACUGGUGUUAGCUCUGGCACUGCUCCUGCAACUUCAGAGGCCUCGAAGCCGGUCGGAACUCCGCGUACUAGCGCAGGACCAUCAACACCAGCCAAGCGCAAUUCAAUGAUUGAUCGAUUCGAGCGUUUCAAGGGCGGCAAAGAGGGCACUCCUGACUCUUCAAAGACGGAUGGCUCGUCGACGAAGAAGAAGGGCCGCCUCAGCAGAUUCUUCGACAAGCUCAAAAACUAGUUUCGAAAGAGCUUCUUCGGGACUGUCGCUACAUCUAACCAAUCGAGUGAGCCUCAUGGCGGUGUGGAAAUCGCACUCACCAUGCAGCACCCAUACACGGAGGUCGGGAAGCGUCCACCCGACUGGGUCUCUGAUCUAGGCGUUCCGGUUAGCAGGAGCCAGGAUGGUACUCGCAGCGCUGAGCUAGUCCGGAUUGCUGGACCUCAGUAUGUGCCCUCGAACACUUCCGCGCAAGGCUAUCCGAGCCGGAGUGGCAGUCCAAGCAUCAGAUCUUCCUCCUCUAACGUAGAUGCCAAUGUUGGGACCACAUCCUCGACGGCGUCAUCCUUUCACCUACCUCGACUUUCUGGAGGCUUCGAGUCUCGACUUGCAUUGGACUUUGAGCCUCUGGAAGACUCUGUUGUUGUGCGGCACUAGACUUUGGAGUACGACCGUGAGAGAUCGACCUCUUGCUAUUGUUUUGAGUGCAAACACUUGUGCAUCAAGUACAACGAGGAUUUGCUGCGUUCACGUGUUUUCAUGGGCAUGAGAUACAUACUAUGCAUGAAUGGCGAGGAAUUGUUUUUUGGCUGCUUUUGGAUGCUUCUACUAUACCACUUUCGCGUGUAUUGUUGUGUGUAGUUAGGCACUAUGAGUAUAGGAAUAAUGUUUCUU